AUGGACGGACAGCCGAAGACGGAUGGGAUAAGACGAGACGAGACAAUACUACCUGAUCUUAGCUCAGAGGCAAGGUCGGGAGGUAGAACAACUGAUAAGAUUCGAGGCCAAGGACUCUUUCGCAAUGAAGAGAAAAGAAGAAGAGAGGACAAGAGGAACAGAAAGGACGGGAGAAAGACGAACAAGAAGCUACGGGGGAUGCGUGUGACAGCGAGUGAUGGUGACGGCACGAGCAAUGGCGAUCACGGCCGGGGAUUGGAUUGUACGGGUAUGAUCCAGCGAUUCUACACUUGCCUUGCCUUAGAGGCUACAGCCUACAAGCACAGCCAGAGUCAUUGCCAGAUGGGGCUUGCUGGGGUGCUUUAUGCCGGUGCGACAGGGCAGGAUAAGGAUAGUGGAGGACAGAGAAUGCGAAGGGAUAGGAAUAGUGUCUUCCGUGCUGUAGGUACAGACGGGAAUACAGAGACAGUCGAAGGCUCCAAGUCAAGAGAGGACAGGCCAGGACAAGCUAAUCGGGGUUGCGUCACACACACAGCCUAG